AUGUCAUUUGAAAAUCUGGCCAACGAUCCGUUUUUUGUUUCGGGAUUAAAGCUGUUGAACAAUGUCGAUGACAAGAAGUUUGUUCGUUUGGUUGACAGGAUGAUACAAGAUUUUGAACCCAAUCGAUUGUCUUCAUUUACAGAACUUGAACUAGCAUCCAUGGAAAAAUCUUUGAAAUUGAACAAUAACCAAUGUCAGUGUUUACUGAAUUGUUUAAACCAAUUAUUGAAAGAAGUUAUAAGUGAUGUGACAAAACCUUUGAUACUAAAAAAUGUGUUGUCUACACUAUUUUCGUUAAAUGGGAAAAAAGUUGAAUUAUUUUGUGAAUGUUGGUCUACAAAUGCUGAACAAGUUGUGUCUAGGCUUCAACAAAACUUUACUCAUUCAUACAGGUUAAAGGACGUAAAUUGGGCUUUGAAUAUUUCAUCAAAUGUUGGAAUUGAAUUAUCUGAUCCAGAACCUAGAUGUUUAAUAGAGUUAAAAGUUGAAGACAGCCAAUAUCAUAAUGAACCUAAAAUCAAAGAAGUUAUUUUGGAUUUAAAUGAAAGAGAGUUGAAGAAUCUCUACGAUACAUUAGAAACAAUUAAAGUAAAACUAGAUUCACUUUCGGAUUAA